GGGGAAGCCCCUAAAAUUAGAACCGACCGAUAAUCUGCUUAACCCGCCGCGGGAAUAAAAAUUCCUCUAUUAUCGAUGGAGCCGCUCACAUGGGUCCACCCCAACCCCAACCUCAAACACACCUCCAGGUGCUCCAGAACAUCCAGAAUCAUCUGAUGUAAUCAAAAAACUCCUUGAAAGUCAACGCAGUACAUGAAGACCACAAUCAAGUGCCGGUGACAGAAAAAAAAUUACAAAUAAAUCUCAAUUAGAGUUGGAAUGUCAAAUUCUAGUGAGAAUAAUGAAAAACCGAGUGAUGGAAACUUUGAAUAUACCCCUCCUCCGACGAAGACAUAUCCUGACGAAAAGGGUGAGCUGUAUGGACACGACCUGUAUCCGGAGAGACGGGGCUCCAAGAAGAAGUCCAUCAUUCACACUCUGCUGAUGAAGGAAGGGGAUGAGAAUAUACAGAAGUAUCAUUGCGAGAGGAAGGUCUACAACUGCGUGAAGAAACACCCUAUAGUGAAGCUGAUGAUGGCAGCUCUGAAGAGUUCAGGAUGCCCGGUAGACAUCAGGAGACACAUCACCUGUGAAGUCUGUGACAAAUCAGUGACAGGUGGCUACGACCCCGAGCUGAAUCAGAUCGUCGUCUGCCAGAAUACCGCGAGAAUCGAGGGUAUCAUCGGGAGUGUAUUGUCCCACGAACUGAUUCACAUGUUCGACUACUGUCGAAAUAACUUGGACUUCAAGAACCUGGAUCACCUGGCCUGCACAGAAGUCCGUGCUGCCAAUCUAACGUACUGCAGUUUCAUGAGUGCAUUUGUUGAUGGGGAUGCCUCCUGGUUCAAUUUGAGGAAAAAACAUCAAGAAUGCGUCAAGAGACGAGCGAUGCUCUCAGUCCUAGCAACUAGAGGAGUCACCCAAGACGAAGCGAAAGCGGCAGUCGACAGAGUAUUCGACAAAUGCUACAACGACAUGGAGCCUAUAGGCAGGAGAAUACGAAAAGCAACCGACGACAUGGAGAAAGCCCUCUACGAGGGCUCUCUCUAUGGCUACGAUCUCUAGCAAAUUGUCCUGUAAUUAGUGAUGAAUUUUUUAAAUGUAUGCAUUUCAAUUCAAUCAUGUACAUACUCUGAACAGAGGCCAUUAAAAAAUUACUCAAUCUCA